AUGGAAGAGAUAAUUCUACAUGCUGCAAGGAAAUCUUUAAAAAUUAAAAAGACAAAAUUUAGAAAUAAAAUUAACAAUGUCUGUAACAAGAAAUGGUUUGACAAAGAAUGUCGACUAACAAGACAUUCAGUUAGAAAACUGGCAAAUCAAAAACACUGCAACCCGCUCAAUGUUGAAAUAAGAAACGAAUACCAUAUUGCCCUUAAGAUUUACAAAAACACGCUAAAUCGUAAGAAAGAAAUCUUUCAUAAAAAGAAAUUAGAAGAACUAGAAACAAUUUCUGAAAAUGAACCAAACUCCUUCUGGAAAUUACUUAAGAAUAUGAGUGAUGAGCUUGAAGACCUUUCUACAUGUGAGCCUGAUGUUACUGCUAACAGCUGGCUCACUCAUUUUGAAUCUCUGCAUGCGAAACAUACGAUGCUAGGCACUGAACAACAACACACACUAAAUCAAUUAGAAAAACUAGAAGAGGAGAUUGCAAACAAAUUUCUCGAUGAAGCUAUCUCAGAAAACGAAAUCAUUAAUGCUGCAAGGAAAUUAAAAAACAACAAAUCCGCUUAUUCUGAUAAGAAAUGA